AUGGCUGAGAGACUCGUGCCUGUCAUAUCUCUUGCUGGCAAGUCACAAUUAGUCGAGGCUGCCGAGAAUACAGGUUUCUUCACUCUUGUUGACCACGGUAUUUCGAGAGAAGAGAUAGAGGCCGAGUUCGCCAUCUCGAAGAGGUUCUUCGAUCUAUCGCCUGACGUGAAGGGCAAGACUCCUCAUGAAACCAAAACCAAUAAUGGCUGGGAAUUCAAGGCCCAACUGCGUCCCAGCACCGGAACAUAUGAUCAGAAAGAAUCGUUAUGGCUGUCGUCGACAUCCGCGUGGCCUAGUAACGACGAUGUGCCUGGUUUCCGCAAGACCACAGAGGCUUUCAUAGGAAAGUGUCGGACCAUCUCUGACCAAGUCUUAUCAUGCUUCGCCGUUGCCCUAGGAUUCCCUGAGGACUAUUUCAGAAUCGCCAAUGAUCCAGCACAGCCAGACUGCUUGACGCAGCUAAGAUUGAUCCACUAUCCGCCCUCGGAGAAUGCAGUGGGAACUUGGCGUGCAGGAAGUCAUACGGACAUUGGGUGCCUGACGCUGCUCUUUCAGCGUGAUGGUGAGGAUGGGCUGGAGAUCUGCCCAGGCCGCGACACCCACUCAAGCUUCGCCAUGGGUGACUCUUUCACGCCCCUCCCGGCGCAGACUGGUCCGAUAGUAGUCAAUAUCGGUGAUAUGCUAAUGGCCUGGUCUGAUGACCGGUUGAAGUCAAAUUUCCACCGAGUCCGAGCGAAGGACGUUGGCAGAUCUCCCUCGCGAUAUUCGAUUGCCUACUUCAACCAGUGCAGGCGGGACUUUGUGCUGCAGGGUCCGCAGAAGAAGUAUCCACCGGUUACAGUUGGCGAAUACUUCAAAGAAGCCGUGGCAAAGAAUUUCGAGCGACAGCAAGCUGUUGCGGCUACCUCGUGA